AUGUUCUUUGUUGAUUUGAAUGAGCAAUUAAGUUUAAUUCAAGUCAAAACUAACGAUGGAACUAAUUCAACAAUUGUUGCUGAAGGAAAUUUCGCAUUCGAUAAACCUGAUCGUACUGUACUUAUUAUUUUCAAGUAUGUGACAAUAACAUCAGAUAAUCAUCAACAACUUGAUCAAUUUCUUUCAAUUGUUAUAUCUUAUGUUGGUAAAUUAUUUAAAUCACUUAUUUGCUUGCGUUUACCAACUAUAUUCGAUAAUCGAAUUGAUAUUGAUAAACUUGAGUAUAAGAAUAAAAAUUUACAUUUUAUGUCUGUCACAUUCAAAGAUUUGAAAUAUUAUCCAGAUAGUGAUAUGAAAAAUAAACAAGAACAAUAUGAAUUAAUAACUGAUAAACAAUUAAUAUUAAAUUAUGCUGAACCAUUAGUUAAAAUGAUGAAUAGAGAAGGAUUCUGGUGUACACAAUGGAAUUGCACAGAUAUGCAAAAUCGAAUCAAUUCAGCAACAUAUAAUGCAAUGAUUUUAGAUAAAAUAAAUAAACAUCCUUGUGGUUUUGGACGAUUAUUUCUAUUAACAAUGAAUAAUGAAAUAUUUGGCUAUUUAUCAGAUAUUGUUGUAGACAGUUCUCAUCAAUCAAAAGGUCUUGGUAGACUGAUAGUUAACUAUCUUGUUGGAAUGUCUGUGAAUCAAAAUGAUAAACAACAAACUGUUCAUGGUACACUUUGUUUAAAAUGUGCUUAUAAAGGUAGUGGAGCUAUAUCUGCACCAAAGCUAUAUCAAAGAUCAGGCUUCGAAUUUAUUACUGAUAUUGGCAAUCGUAUUGCUAUUUUUGCUAAUGAACAAAAUUUUAUUGGAACAGUCGAAUAA